AUGGACGAAAUCCUAGCAGUCCACUCGAUGCUGCAUUUGAUCUUUCAUCGAAACAAGAACCAACAUCGUCGAACAAAAUGGUGGAAAUGGCUAUCCAUCUUGAAACGUGCCACGUUGGAUUUCGCCCGAUCGGGGGUAAAAUCCCACCUGGCCACGCAUGUAAUCCCAAGAUGUUACAUCGCUUUUUCAACGGUCGUUGCCGAUAACCAGUUCUCUGCCCUUGGGAUCGUGCUUCUGGCUGUGUUGGCGCGACUGUCCAAAAUCACCGGAAUCAGUCAUCAGAAGAUGGAACCAGUGACAACCAAGUCCAAGAUGACUGUCGCAAAAGAAGAUCUUGGGGAACGCAUUCGUCGGAUUGACAAUGCGCCACUCGCCCCGGUCAGAAUUUCCCAUUCUGAUUCCAAGGUCUCCAAGGUCUCCAAAGAGAAGACCACUGGAAAGUCUACAGAGGAUGGUGUUUCAAAAACUACAUCGAAAAAGAAGAAGAAGAAGAACGCUAUCGAUGAUUUGUUUAGCGGUUUAUUUUGA